UGCCGCCGCCGCCGUCGUCACCUCCUCCUCCUCCGUCGCCGUCGCCGCUGUUGUUGUUGUUGUCGAGGCCGGGCCUGUCCGGUCCCUUCCGCGGCUCCGAGAGCCGGCUCCGUCCCUUCUCCGCCGCCGCCGCCGCCAUGAAGUGGAUGUUCAAGGAGGACCACUCGCUGGAACACCGAUGUGUAGAGUCUGCCAAAAUCCGAGCCAAAUAUCCCGACCGGGUCCCGGUGAUUGUGGAAAAAGUCUCAGGCUCUCAGAUUGUUGACAUUGACAAGCGGAAGUACCUGGUUCCAUCUGACAUCACUGUGGCCCAGUUCAUGUGGAUCAUCAGGAAACGGAUCCAGCUACCCUCAGAGAAAGCAAUCUUCCUGUUUGUGGAUAAAACAGUCCCACAGUCUAGCCUAACUAUGGGACAACUUUAUGAGAAGGAAAAAGAUGAAGAUGGAUUCUUGUACGUGGCCUACAGUGGGGAGAACACGUUUGGCUUCUGAAGGCCAGUGCCCAAAUAGGUGCAUCCUUCCUGCUUGUGUAUCUUGUAAAUAGCCGGUCACUUUGAGUUAUUACACCAGACCCUCUUCGCAUAGACCCAUAGUGCAUUUGUAACUGGAUUUAUUUCUUAAUAUAUUGAAAGGUCUUGUUUUAUUAGACUGGUAAAUUAUCAGAGUUUUAUUUUCAUUUUCUUUUCUUUGUUGUGCAUUGUCCUCAUGGCUGCAAGCUCCAGGGGGCUCUGCUCCUCUGGAACUUGUAUUUAAUGAAGUUAUUUCGAUAUUGAGAUGAGGUAGUUGGGGGACUCAAGUGAAAAGGGGGAAGAUAACACAUUCUUCAGGAUUAUGUUUGAGGUGUUAGUUGGAUAAGUAUUAAAAGCAUCUAAGUUAAAUCCUUAGCAGUCAGGUCACUUGCUUCACUAGAUUAUUCCAACUGCCAAUCAUGUUGGACUGAGCUAAUCUGGUCUUUCUGAACUCUAUUGAGGUGAAUAAUUACAAUAAAAUUUCCUCUCACAAAGGCACUGUAGUGUGACACUGUCCUUCAUUUACCUCUCUUCUGGGCUUGCUAAGUAGCUAGUUGUUGCCUAUUGAGAAGAGAGAGCUGUGGGAGUGAAGACAGUUUGAAGUGAGUGGUUCCUGCCGGCUGGUCACGAAAGGGACGAGUCAGUCUUGGCUGCAUAAGCCUAAAGCAAAGAUUACAUCCUACAGGUUCCAGAACUACAGGUGUGGUGCUAAGUAGUAGGAGACAGCACGUUCUCCAUUUAUUUAGGAAAAAUCAUGUGUUGCCUGAAUAAGGGGCUCUUAUCUCUGCCCUUAUUUUCUUUUCCCCGGUUUUCGCAAUCUUUUCUCCCCAAAAGCACGAUGAGAGACAGGCAGGCCAGUGGUUUCAUCCCUGCUUUUAGGAAACUAUUGCAAAUGCCGUGCUUUCACGUAACACACAAAAGUAAGAUACUUGGGAGUAGAGCUGACCGCAUUCUGCACUCACAGAGAUUUAAGGAGCUGAUUCACAGGUUGUCACUCAGUUCUUUCAAGAAGCCCCAAAUUAUACAGGCAGCCUUAUUAAAGCCUACUUGUGUGUUACUGAAGCUGGAACCUUACCCAUACAAAUCGGUUGGAGGAAACAGUCUCACUUUGCUCCUCCACAUCCUGCUGGUCCAUCACAAAUCUGACUUACUGGAAUGGGUACCUCCUAGCAGAGGGGAGAUGACUUACAAAGGGGAAGAGAUCUAGAGAAGCCUCUAGGGAGGGGAGGACAGAAGGGAACUUGAGAAAGGCUUCGUGUCUCUCAAAGAUAAGCCAGCAGGAUACAGUAGAAACUGCAUGGAAUCGAGCUGAGUCUGAAGACCUGGCUCUGCCUCUUUUUAGCUGUGUGAUAUUGGGCAGAUGAUUUCACCUAAGUCAGUUUCCCCAUCUGUAAAAUGGGAAGAUUUGUGUGAAGAUGAAAAAAUUAGCUGGUGUGUGUGAAAGCACUUUAACUGUGAACAAAAGAGCUUAACAGUAAGUCUGCCAGGAAAGCUUGGAUUUCUCUAGUCAUCAGCUAUGCCAUUUAUUUUGCUUUUCUCAUGUGACCAAUCUUUGUUUUCUUUUGUUAAAAUUAAAUGUUUUGUGAAAAACGUAAUAUUGAAAAUCAGUUUAACUACCUAACCUUGUUUAGUAACCAUUUCUAGUUAAUUUCAAUGAAUAAACCAUUAUAACUUUU